AUGGCGGACCUCCAUGUCGGCAACAUCGCGUGCUGCCUCUGCGGCGUCCCCACCUCGGCGAGCACCGCCUACGAGGGCAUGUGUGCAACCUGCACGGGCUCUCAGGUCGACAUCACCAGCGGCAUUGAGCGAAGUGUUGAGAUUGAGAUGUGCAAGGGGUGCGAGCGCUGGUUCAGGAACCCGGGCUGGGCGGUGGCGCAGCUCGAGUCGGCCGAGCUCCUCACGCUCUGCCUGCGCAAGCUGCGCGGGCUCAAGCACGUGCGCCUCGUCGAUGCGGCCUGGAUCUGGACGGAGCACCACUCGCGCCGGCUCAGAGUCAAGCUGACUGUCGCGCGGGACCUCGUCGGCGCGUCGGGCUCAACGUACGUGACCUGCCUGCAGCAGUCGCUCGUGGUCGAAUACGUCGUCCGGACACGGAACUGCGACGCGUGCAACAAGGUCGCGGCAAAGGACACGUGGCAAGCAAAGGUGCAGGUGAGGCAAAAGACGGAGCACCCGCGCACGCUGCUCGCCCUCGAGCAGCACAUGCUGAAGCACCAGAAGUCGCGCGUCGCCCUGCGCGAGGUGAAGCGGGUGGGGGACGGCCUCGACUUCAUCUUUGGCCGCCGGCAGGACGCUCACCGCUUUGCGCUCGGCGUCUGCGCGCUCGCGCCGUGCAAGUGCAAGGCGUCGUCGUCGCUCGUGUCGGCCAAUGCCAAGACGGGCACGUCCAACGUGCGGCACGUCUGGGCGGUCGAGAUCGCGCCCCUCUGCCGCGACGACCUCGUCCUCCUCCCGAAGGGAGCCUCGCUCCACCUGGUCGACCCCGCCUCGGGCGCCGCCGCCGAGGUGACGGCUGAGCAGUACUGGGGCAACCCCUUCCCGCCCCUCGGCACCAAGGGGCAUCUCAUCAACUUUGUGGUGCUCGAUUGCCAACUCCAAAAAACCGGGGUUGCCCAGAAGCCCGGUUGGCGUACUUUUUUGGGAGGGGGCGCAAAAGACCUCCUUUUAUUUGUGAAAAACCUCCGUGAUAAGUAA